AAUUUUAACUCCAAUACAAAUGGGUUUCAACUUUGAUAAAAGCAUCAUCGAGCAACUUCCACAUAUCGAACUUAUCAAAGUAGACAAUUAUUUUUUAACAAUACCACCGCGUCAAUGGGCCUUUUCGACAUUUACUGCGUCACACAAUGCAACGAACCUCAACUUUACCAAACAACUUUACCACGAUUCUUUAUCUAGCCUGGCAAGGAACAAGGAACUUCCUAACUCUCUCAGAAGUUUUGCUGCAAACAAGCAAGCUACGUUAGAUACAAAAUCCUCCAAGGCAACAGCUACUACUACACUACAGAUUGACAACAGCAUACAUCAAGUGAAUAACAUCCAUGGUAACAAGAACACGGUGAAUAACAGGUUUCCUUCUACUUCCAGCAUUUCUGAAGGGUCAACGCCGCCAUCAUCAUCACAGCAACCACAACAACAACAGCAGCAGCAUCGGGAAAACCUUUCACCACAAUCACGCGAAACUCUCAAAAGAAAACCAAGUGAUCUUGCUGAUGAUAUAGGUACGCCUAGUCAUAUUGAUGACAGUGACAAUUAUUCUCCAGGACUUUUUAAUUCGGAUCUCACUUACUAUCCAUCUAGCGACCUCGAACAUUCAACCGAAGAAGAAAAACAAGAGAAACGACAUAUAUGGCAUUUGGACUAUGUGGAACUGGAUCCAUUCAUUAAACUCGAUCUUCGUGCAACAGCAUCAUCCAUGUCUUCUGUUUCAUCAAAAUCCAAGGAAUUCCAACGAGUUUGUGAUCUUGCAAAUGCAGGCGAACUGUCUCCAAAGGAUUUGAAUGGUUGUCUCGUGUACUCUUCUUUGUUUCCGUCAACAGUAGUGGACUUUGCCCGUUUCCCUCCUAGUGCUGUGUUACCUUCUAUCAUUCAAAAUGAUAUUUCCAGAUUGAAAGACGCCAUUGAAACAAGAUCGUUAUUUAUACCAUCAUCAUCGAUAGAAGGAACAGUACCAGAUCUGGAUUGUUUGAAGCUCAGUCAUAUUCUAAUGAACAUCUACUUCUUUUACCAUUAUCUACCUUUACGACCACCUACAUUGAAACAAGCCAAAUCUGAAGCAUCUUUGGUAUCCGAAAUGACUUUUAUAGCUACCUCUCUAACUGGAUUACUGACACCGUUGUUUAGCGACAGGAUAUUUAUCAAGUGGGACUCAACAUCCUUAAUUUACAAGAAUGACAAUAUGAAAGAUCAAGUAAAAACGAGAUCAGAUUUACUCUUUUGUGCUCGAUUGGAUUCUAAUACAAGAAUUGAAAUUGGGAACGGUGAAGUCAAGGCACCUGGUAGAUGUAUAGGGCAAAUGGAUUGUGAUAGGGUGAAAGUGAUGUUACUGGCAAAACGACAACUACAUGUGAACCUAUUGAGGAGUAAAAAUGAUCAAGGAUUGGUAUCAUUUGGAAUGGUUGUGGCUGGAGACACGAUCCAGCUCUAUAUCAUAUAUUUCGAUCAAGAAGAACCAUUUUAUACCUAUUAUCUUUACGCCAUCAUCAAAAUACCUUUUGUCGACGAUCAUUACUUGUUGUUGGACAAUACCCUGAAGAAACUCCUGGGUUGGAAGGAUCUAAUGAACAAGGCUUUGGACAACAUUUCUUGCAACCAAGCUCAUCCUAUGUUGGAAAAAUACAAGAACAGACUCUCCCCUACAAUAUCACGUUCUGAAACGCUAUCUUCUACUCAGUUUGACCUUCUUGAUACAUAGAUAUAUUCAAGCGGCAUUGAUCAUCAUCAUUAUUAUUACUGCUACUAUUCCCUUUAUCCCUGUAUUCUUUUCAUCAAUAAAAUAUUGUUUAUUCUCAUUCA